GACAAGAAGGGGCCGGAAGGGGGUGGCCGCCGGUCCGGCCCCGCCCCGGGGCCGCCUCCCCGCGGGUUCCGUUGGCCGUGGCGGCAGCUGAAGCUGUGGCGGCGGUGGCCGCGGGGUGGGCGUAAGAUGGCGACAACGGCGGCGGGAGCCCUGGGCCUGCUGUGGGGCUGGCUGUGGAGCGAGCGCUUCUGGCUGCCCCAGAACGUGAGCUGGGCCGACCUCGAGGGGCCAGGCGACGGCUACGGCUACCCGCGGGCCCGGCACAUCCUCUCGGUGUUCCCGCUGGCGGCGGGCGUGUUCUCCGUGAGGCUGCUCUUCGAGCGGUAUAUUGCCAAACCCUGUGCACUCCAUGUUGGCAUCCAGGACAGUGGUCCUUAUCAGGCCCAACCUAAUGCCAUCCUUGAAAAGGUGUUCAUAUCUGUUACCAAGUAUCCUGAUGAGAAAAGGCUGGAGGGCCUGUCAAAGCAACUGGACUGGGAUGUCCGAAAAAUCCAAUGCUGGUUUCGCCAUCGGAGGAAUCAGGACAAGCCCCCAACGCUCACUAAAUUCUGUGAAAGCAUGUGGAGAUUCACUUUUUAUUUAUGUAUAUUCUGCUAUGGAGUUAGAUUUCUCUGGUCGUCGCCUUGGUUCUGGGACACCCGACAAUGCUGGCACAGUUACCCUUAUCAGCCUCUCACAAAUGGGCUUUAUUACUAUUAUAUCAUGGAAUUGGCUUUCUAUUGGUCUCUUAUGUUUUCUCAGUUUACAGACAUUAAAAGAAAGGACUUCCUGAUCAUGUUUGUGCAUCACUUGGCCACCAUUGGGCUCAUUACCUUCUCCUACAUCAACAACAUGGUUCGAGUGGGAACUCUGGUCAUGUGUCUACAUGAUGCCUCAGACUUCUUGCUGGAGGCAGCCAAGCUGGCCAAUUAUGCCAAGUAUCAGCGUCUCUGUGACACCCUUUUUGUGAUCUUCAGUGCUAUUUUUGUGGUGACUCGUCUAGGAAUCUAUCCAUUCUGGAUUCUGAACACGACCCUCUUUGAGAGUUGGGAGAUGAUCGGGCCCUAUCCUUCCUGGUGGCUCUUCAAUGGCCUUCUCCUGAUCCUACAGGUUCUCCAUGUCAUCUGGUCCUACCUAAUUGCACGAAUUGCUUUCAAAGCCUUGAUCCGAGGAAAGGUAUCUAAGGAUGAUCGCAGUGAUGUGGAGAGCAGCUCAGAAGAAGAAGAUAUGACCAGUAGCACAAAAGGCCCCUGUGGCCGCAGCUCCAGCAAUGGUGCCGGUCGGGUGAAUGGUCACAUGGGAGGCAGCUACUGGCUGAAGACUGAGCUUCCAAGAAAGGGACACAAAAGAUGCAAAGGUAUUGAAAACUAGAGCAGAAGGCAAAACAGCUGAUGCAGUUACUGAAGGGAGAGGAGAAUAUAACCUAAGGACUUGGGUUUUAAUGCUGACAAGAGACAAGAUUGUGGCCCCAUGCAGGAAGCUGGAACUGAGACCUCCAGUUAAAGCUGGGACCCGGAAAGAGCAACAGCAAAAGGGGGAAACUAUCAAAAAUUCACACAGUUGGCGAAAGGAGAAAGCAAAGAAAUUUGAAUGCUUGGGCUUGUGGGGUCAGGAUGCUCUUGAGAAUUUUCUCAAGUUCUGGGCCCACACUUCAUGUGAAUCUGAGAACCUGAAUGUAUACUUCCUGUGUGGUCUGGGAAACAUGACAACCUCCAAGCCCAUCCCCAGGUAAGAACUUGCAGGAAGUGCUCGCUUCGGCAGCACAUAUACUAAAAUUGGAACAAUACAGAGAAGAUUAGCAUGGCCCCUGCGCAAGGAUGACACGCAAAUUCGUGAAGCGUUCCAUAUUUUUAACCUAAAUGUCCAUCAUCGGAUGAAUGGAUAAAGAUGUGGCACAUAUAUACAAUGGAAUAUUACUCAGCCAUAAAAAGAAACGAAAUGGAGUUAUUUGUAGUGAGGUGGAUGGAGUUAGAGUGUGUCAUACAGAGUGAAGUAAGUCAGAAAGAGAUAAACAAAUACAGUAUGCUAACACAUAUAUAUGGAAUCUAAGGGGGGAAAAAAAAGGUCAUGAAGAACCUAGUGGCAAGACGGGAAUAAAGACACAGACCUACUAGAGAAUGGACUUGAGGAUAUUGGGAGGGGGAAGGGUAAGAUGUGACAAAGUGAGAGAGUGCAUGGACAUAUAUACACUACCGGGCGUGAAGUGGAUG